UGACUCCCCUUGUGGACCAGCUCUCGCCUGGCUCCCCACAUUCUUGCCUCUGAUACAUAGGCAGUAACACAGAAUGGCACGGGGCUCCUCAGGAGUAGCUAAUAACUGUUUUUCAAAGAGGAGUGAAUUUCCCAGUAAUUAAGUAGAACUAAGAAAAUCUUAUGCUAAAUGUCAGGGAAUGUUUUCCAGCAGUAAAAUAUCAGUCUGUAUGGUAAUUUCCCCAGGGUUAUGGUAUUUCCUCACUGAACCCAGGACUAGACAGCAAUCUUACAACAGUAUAACUAUACUGCUUAGGAUGUGAAAAAUCCACACCUCUGAGUGACACAAUCAUACUGACUUAACCCCUAAUGUAGUCAGCAUAGCUACUGCAUCUGAAAGAAGUGGGAUACACUGACCAGAGAAGCAUAGUACACUUAUCAAUGAAGUGCUACAGCAGUGCAGCUACUCUGCUGCUGUUUUUAUGUAUAGACCUGCUCUGAGAGAGAGAAGACUGGACAAAGUAAUGACAGAUAAAAUAAUCCUGCAGUGACAAGAUGUUGCAGUAAAUGAGCUAAUACUUUUUCCUCCAUCUCUUAAUUUCAAUGAUUCUGUGAAGUUUAAAAAACUUUACUGAUACUUACUUUUAAGAUAUCACAGGAAGUCCAGGAUCUUUAGCAUUUUGCUUACAUGCAGUGAGAACCCAAUGACCUCUGAGUAAUCUCAGGGCAAUUUUUAUGCUUAGGGGAAGGUGAUAAUACUUUACCCUCAUUAUCAGCCUCAAGUGAUGGGUCCUAAGUGAAUCAAAUGUUAACGUUUAACAUACUGCUCUUUGUAUGAAGAAUAAACUCUGAAUACUUUCAGAAUAUUUAUCAAUUUCUAACAGAAUUUGAAAGCUUUUAAGAAUACGUAAUAUUUUCCAAACAGUUCUCUUAAGAAUUGUGCAUAUUCCUCUGAUACAGUUCCUUUCUUAAUUAAUGCAGAUGGGAGAGGGAGAGGGGACAGCUUAAUAGUCCAAAGUGUUCCUUCAGCUUCCAUUAGUUUACUUAGCAUACACACCAUGCUAAAAUGAGAGCUUCUAUAACCAUAGGACUUUUCUGAAAUGUUUAGUGUUAAUGACAUGAGGUACACAACUGUAUACUGUGAUACAUGUGUUGGUUACCAGCUUGGUUAAUUAAAGACUGAUAUUUGAUUUUCCUUAGGUAUUUCCUGUAAUAGCAGAUCUCCCUCAGAGAUCUUGGGCCUUUACCAUAGGGAUUAUUAUUCCUGUUUUACAGAUGGGUCAGUUGAGGCACAGAGAGGUUAAAUGAGGAUCAUGCCAGAAGGCAGUGACAGCUUAAAAUGAAAUGUCUGUCUUCUAACUACUAUGAGAGACUGGUGUUUCUGUUAUAUAUUUAUACUUCAUACCUUUGAUCCCACUUUCUUUUGAAUCUCCUUUGGAAGAAAAUUUUAACUUUUCAGUAAAACGAAGUUGAUUUUGCUGAUAGUUUAAGCACAAUUUAGAGAGAGAGAAUGUAUGUAUGUAUGUAUAUAUUAAAAAAAUAAAAGUUAGGUCCUUUUCCAUGAGGGAGUCAUUUACACUUUGUCUAAUGAUAAGCUAGCAAAAUACAAGUGACCCUUUUUAAUUAUAGAAUCUGCUUCUGUGCCAUUAUGUCAAUGAAUACGCAUAAACUAGCAUUAUAUGAGUCCAGAUUUUAAUGUUAAUUCUGAUUAGGUUAUCUAUUUUCUUGCAAAGUGUUUGCAUUAUUGAAGGCAAGUGUUUUUUCCCCUUCUUAAAAAUAAUUGGAAUUUUUAUUACAGAGACUAUGAAAACAUAGCUUCUGGCUUAUUGCAAGAUCACUAUCUUGAUUCAUCUUGGAGAACAGAUAAUGGCCUUCCAUGGACACUGGAUAGCAACAUUAGUGAAGAGAACAGGGCCGUCAUUGAGAAGAUGUUGCUAGAAGAAGAGUAUUACUUAUCUAAUAAAUCGCUUCCAGAAAAAAUAUGGCUUGAUCAAAAGGAAGGUGACAGAAAAUCCAUGAAAAGUCCAUAUAAGAAAACAGGAAAAGUCACAGUUCGGUCACCUACAAAAUCAGCUAGCUGCUCAGUAAAGUGGACAAUAGAGGAAAAAGAGCUUUUUGAACAAGGCCUGGCUAAAUUUGGCCGAAGGUGGACAAAAAUCGCCAAGUUGAUUGGAAGUCGCACUGUUCUACAAGUGAAGAGCUAUGCAAGGCAAUAUUUUAAGAACAAGGCAAAAAUUGAUGACUCUGAAAAAGAGGAACAUAGCCAAUACAACAGCAGUAGCCUUCCUGUUGAGGAUGAAGGAGAGAAGGUUGUGGCAUGGGCAUCUGCAAACCUGAGGGGCCGUGCAGACCCCAACCUGAAUGCAGUGAAAAUUGAAAAGUUGUCUGACGAUGAAGAAGUAGACAUCACAGAUGAAAUGGAUGAGCUCCUUUCUCAUGCACCCCCAUUGGAAGUUGGCAUAUCUAAAAUAACUGAUAUUCCAAAGAGUCCUAUUAAAGAAAUCAGAGGAAGAGAACACACUUUUUGGUCUGCUGGAUACAAUUCUGGAAUUCCCCAAUUUGAAGAAGACAACUUUCAAAAGGCUGAACAAGACAAGGCAGAAGCAUUGGAGUUACCAGAUAUUGCAGCCACAUGCUUUGAGAAACAGAGCAUGAAUGGUGACGAAUCUGUGCAAUCAGAUUAUCUGCAGUUUAAUGAAUUUACAGAGAAAAAUGAGCAAGACAAAAAAGGGACUUUUGAUGGCACCAAGCAAUUCGUUGACCAAGAACUUAACAAAGAGCAGAAAGACUUGGUUAAUAAUGAAAUGCUUUUCCAUGCUUCCUGCCAAUUGGAUGAAGAAAAUCAAGAAGAAACAGAGGAGCUUAAGCCACCUGAUCAAGAAGUGGAAAUUGAUAGAAAUAUCAUUAUGGAAGAAGAAAAGCAAGCUAUUCCAGAAUUUUUUGAGGGACGUCAGGCCAAAACACCAGAGCGCUAUCUGAAGAUUAGAAAUUACAUUUUGGAUCAGUGGGAACGAUGUAAACCUAAAUACCUGAAUAAGACUUCAGUACGUCCAGGCCUUAAGAAUUGUGGUGAUGUUAACUGUAUUGGACGGAUACACACAUACCUGGAGUUAAUAGGAGCAAUUAACUUUGGCUGUGAACAGGCUGUGUAUAACAGACCACAACCAGCUGAUAAAACACGAUCCAAAGAAGGCAAAGACACCAUAGAAGCAUAUCAGCUGGCUCAACGUUUGCAGUCUAUGCGUACAAGACGCAGGCGUGUGCGAGACCCCUGGGGAAACUGGUGUGAUGCCAAGGAUUUGGAAGGACAGACAUUUGAGCAUCUCUCUGCUGAGGAACUAGCAAGAAGACGAGAGGAGGAGAAACUUAAACCUGCAAAAUCUUCUAAAGGAUCAAGACAGACAAAAAGUUCCUUUGAUCCCUUUCAGCUGAUCCCUUGCUGUUUCUUCACUGAAGAAAAACGAGAACCAUUUCAGGUGAAAGUGGCUUCAGAAGCACUUUUAAUAAUGGACUUGCAUGCUCAUGUUUCCAUGGCAGAAGUAAUAGGCCUAUUAGGCGGAAGAUACUCUGAAGCUGAUAGAAUUGUUGAAGUUUGUGCAGCCGAACCAUGCAAUAGUCUCAGUACAGGACUACAAUGUGAGAUGGAUCCUGUGUCUCAAACUCAGGCCUCAGAAACGUUGGCAGUUAGAGGGUACAGUGUUAUCGGGUGGUACCACUCUCAUCCUGCUUUUGACCCCAAUCCUUCUAUACGAGAUAUUGACACACAGGCUAAAUACCAGAGUUAUUUCUCCAGAGGAGGGGCAAUGUUCAUUGGAAUGAUCAUAAGUCCUUAUAACCGAAAUAAUCCUCUUCCAUAUUCCCAGAUUACUUGUCUGGUUAUUAGUGAUGAGAUUAGUUCUGAUGGCUCCUACCGCCUGCCUUACAAGUUUGAAGUUCAUCAGAUGUUGGAAGAACCUAAGUGGGAAUUAGUGUUUGAAAAAACAAGAUGGAUCAUUGAAAAAUACAGACUCUCUCAUAGCAGUGUUCCCAUGGAUAAAAUCUUUCACAGAGAUUCUGACCUGACCUGUUUGCAAAAACUUUUGGAGUGUAUGAGGAAGACUCUGGGCAAGGUAACAAACUGCUUCAUUGCGGAAGAAUUCUUGACUCAGAUAGAAAACUUAUUCCUUUCUAGCUACAAAAGUGAGAAGCAAAAUAAUACACCUGAAGAAAAUAAGGACGUGCAUCCAAAUGAGGUGCCAACGUGAUAGCUUUUUCAGUGAUGAAUUUCAGUUGAAUGGACUACUGUUCAUAGUUCCUCUUUCAAAGUAAUUGUCUCAGUUGUCAAUAGGGACAUAAUCCAGUAUUUCAAAUAGUAUGAUUGUUCUAAAAGACAUUUAGAAAACUUCUAACAAAGGUGUUCUGAUUACGUGACAUUUUUAAUACUUACUUUUGGAAAAUUAUUGGAUAGUAUGACAAACUGGUUAUCAUUUGACCUGUAACCUAUCAUUGGGAAGGACAAGCUGAAAUACAGAACACUGAUUCUGUGCCUAAAGAAGAGGGUCUUUUUUCAGACCGGAAUUUUGACCUUCUUUCUGUCCCCAUCAGAGGAGACGUUUUGUUACAUAGUGCUUUGUGUCCUCUAAAUUUGUGUAACUCCAGAGGUGAGCUUGAUAACACUCUAUCACUGCAAAGAUUAGAGUCUAGCUAAUACUAAUUUUUCUGAUAUCUACCCUAAACAUUACUCUGCUCAAUUUAAUCCAUUCUGUUAUUCCUUUCUGAGCCACUACAAACAAGAUUUUUCUGGCAUACUCUUUCUCAUCUUCCAUAAUACAUGGAAAUAAGGCUAGCAGGUCAAAAUUUUGUCACUUCUUGUUGCUACCAUUUCCAGUGGAAACAAUAACUUC